AUGUCUUCCUCUUAUGGGAUCUUCAGUUUCACAAACAAACGUAGCGAAUCCUCAAACUUGACCUCUGCUCCUAUCACAAACAGAAGCGAACGCUUCACUCUUCUCAAUCUUCCCAACGAAAUUCUGCAUACUAUGUUCAAACGGCUUCUUAAGGAGGCCCAAGACAGAAGCUCAAGAUUCUCUAACUAUGGAAUUCAAACGAGAUAUAUCAACGAUGCACUCAAUGCGCUAUCAAUAUCCAAGGAUGUGCGAGCUACAUGUUUGCCAGAAUUUUAUCGAGAAACACUCAUUCCGAUUACAUUGGAACUCGAGGAAUCUGGAUAUCUAGGAUACCCUGAGAUAUAUGAAUCGGAAGGAGGCUGGAUAGCCAGAGUAGAAGAGGCAGACUUCAAUUUCGAAGCAAUACCGGUCCAGGGUGUGCAUGAAGAAGACCCUGAUCUUAUUGAAAGUAAUCGACAGAGAUUGGACAAGUUCUUAGUUCAUCACGGCAGUCAAAUCAGACGCAUAAAGUUGAACAUUAGUGGCAUUGGGGAUCAUGCUGCUCCAAUUUUAUCUGGGGACGCGGACUCGUACAGACUGUUUGAAGGGAGAAUCAAAAAGCUUGUUGAGCAAUUGUUAGGAAGGAGGGAAGGGGAAACACGAAGAACGAGGAAAAUACUCGAGCUUCGGUUAUGUGUUCAACCAGACCGUGAAUACCGCAGACCAGAAGAAGAAGAAGAAGAAGACGAAGACUACAAUCGCUACAGUUUUGAGUGUGCGUGCUUCAACAUUCUAACGUCACUUCUCGAACCCUUGAGAGAGCAUCUCGAUUCAGGACAAUGUGCGAAGUUGGAUUGGAAUGGGGUCUAUGUUCUCAAGGCUACCGAUAUCAAUUGCAGUAUCUUUUCUUACGAGAGCAUUUCAUUUGUCAGGGAAAUGAUUGGUGAUCUGACAUUAGAAGAAGAGAACGCACGAUGUCAGUGGGAAGAUGAGCAAUUGUCACGAAAUAUCGAGGUGAACAAAGAUCUCGUAUCGUUGCCUGUAGUGAGAAAUGAAGAUCAAUGGGUCAACUUCUGGAGGAAUCACAGGGAUGUAAAUCCGUACCGUCUAGCCUGUAUCAAUUUUCUAUAUCCUAGGGGUAUUUCUCAGGCGUACAUAACACAUCCUAUAGAUUCUGAAUGGGUUCUAAAGAUUCUAGAAUCGUCUUCUUUCAUAUGGGACAUUCAUGAACUUCGACUCGUUCUUGAUUUAUUGCGUGAAAGGAAAAGAAAGCAUUGUCUUGAAAACUAA